GCCCAGUCCGGCGGCGGUGGCGGGGUCGGCAGCGCGAGUACUAACUGCGGGGAGCCCAACUGCGCCUGCCCGGCCGCACCCGCUAUGUCCAAGGCCGAGGAGGCCGAGAAGCCGGCGGGCCGCGCGGCCGUAGAGAACCACGUGCAGAACAACCAAGUGCUGGGGAUCGGAAGUGGUUCGACGAUUGUCCAUGCUGUGCAGCGAAUAGCAGAAAGAGUGAAGCAGGAGAAUCUGAACCUCGUCUGCAUUCCUACUUCCUUCCAGGCCCGCCAGCUCAUCCUGCAGCAUGGCUUAACCCUCAGUGACCUGGAUCGACACCCAGAGAUUGACCUCGCCAUCGACGGUGCUGAUGAAGUAGAUGCCGACCUCAAUCUCAUCAAGGGCGGAGGAGGCUGCCUGACCCAGGAGAAGAUCGUGGCUGGCUUUGCCAGACGCUUCACUGUGAUUGCUAAUUUCAGGAAAGACUCAAAGAACUUCGGGGAUCAGUGGCACAAGGGAAUUCCCUUCGAGGUCAUCCCAAUGGGCUAUGUCCCAGUGAGCCGAGCUGUGAGCCAGAAGUUUGGGGGUGUGGUGGAACUCCGAAUGGCCGUCAGCAAGGCAGUUCUGGUGACAGAUAAUGGGAAUUUUAUCUUGGACUGGAAGUUUGACCGGGUACACACAUGGAGUGAAGUGAACACAGAUAUCAAAAUGAUUCCAGGUGUGGUGGACACAGGCCUGUUCAUCAACAUGGCCGAGAGAGUCUACUUUGGGAUUCAGGAUGGCUCGGUGAACAUGAGAGAAAAGCCUUUCUGUUGA